AUGCGGGAGGCGCCGGCACGCGCGCCGUCGUCGCCGGCCGGCCGCCAGUCGAUCGCGGAACGUCUACUCGGCGGCACGUACGCCGCCGUCACAUCGACACUCGAUACGAUCGUAACAACGCGCGCUGACAACAAAUUGAACCGACAUUGCCACACUGUUCUCUUACAUUUUACUUUGGCGUACGAAUUUCGCUCAUACGAAGUAGGCGUAGGAAAAAUGUGCUGGAUUUAUGUGUCUUCAACAAUAGUGAUUGAACAGGUGCAGCCCGCGAGCGGCAGA